CGGCCGCUGUACUUGGACAUGCAGGCGACGACGCCGUUGGACCCGCGAGUGCUGGACGCGAUGUUGCCCUAUUUCACAGAGCAAUACGGGAAUCCGCACUCGAGAACGCACAUGUACGGCUGGGAGACGGAGGAUGCCAUCGAAAAGGCGAGAGGAGAAUUGGCGUCGCUCAUCGGGGCGAACGCGAAGGAGAUUGUGUUCACGAGCGGGGCGACGGAGUCGAACAACAUGUCGCUCAAGGGGGUGGCGCGCUUUUACAAGGAUAAAAAGAAGCACAUAAUCACAACGACGACGGAGCACAAGUGCGUGUUGGACUCGUGCAGACAGCUCGAACGUGAAGGUUUCGACGUGACGUAUUUGCCCGUGAAGGAAAAUGGAUUGGUAGACUUGAAGGAGCUUGAAGCGGCGAUGCGCGACGACACCGCCAUCGUCUCCGUCAUGGCGGUGAACAACGAAAUAGGGGUGAUUCAGCCUUUGAAAGCGAUCGGUGAGCUUUGCCGAUCGAAGAAAAUAUUUUUUCACACCGAUGGCGCGCAAGCAGUUGGGAAGGUACCGAUGGAUGUGAACGAUAUGAACAUCGACCUGAUGUCGAUUAGCGGGCACAAGUUUUACGGUCCCAAGGGGAUCGGCGCUUUGUACGUCCGUCGUCGUCCUCGAGUUCGGAUGGAGCCUAUCAUCAACGGCGGCGGUCAAGAGCGAGGGUUACGCUCGGGGACGCUACCGACCCCGCUCAUCGUCGGUAUCGGUGAAGCUGCUCGCGUGGCGCAGAAGGAGUUGCAGCGCGACGAAGAGCACGUCAACCGCUUGGCUAAGAGAUUGAUAGAGGGCAUCGAAUCUCGCGUCGAGCACACGCAAUUAAACGGUGACCGUGAAGCGCGCUACCACGGCAACGUGAACAUGUCCUUUGCAUACGUGGAGGGUGAAUCCAUGCUCAUGGGACUUAAAGAAAUCGCGGUGAGCAGCGGCAGCGCGUGCACGAGUGCGUCUUUAGAGCCAUCCUAUGUUUUGCGUGCGCUCGGUGUGAACGAAGAGAUGGCGCACACGUCGGUAAGAUAUGGAUUAGGCCGAUUCACUACUGAAGCCGAGGUCGAUCGCGCCAUCGAAGCCACAGUGCGUCAAGUCGAAAAGCUUCGUGAGAUGUCUCCGCUCUGGGAGAUGGUCCAGGAAGGCAUAGAUUUAAAGACGAUCGAGUGGAGUCAACAUUAACAAGCUCGCGCGCGCGUCAUUUUUCGUAGAAUUCAAUUAGUUCAGUUCAUGUUAUCAUCACCACGUUUUGUUCGUAAUAUUCC